GGAAUAGUAGUAUAUAGUAAAAUUCGGUUGUGCAGAAAAGAAGAAAAAAAUGGCGAACAUUCGUGAGUGAGGAAUGAACCCGAUAGUGAAGGAAUUGACGACGAGAUAAAGAACUUGCUAAGUAUUGUAUGUGACAAGAUUUGAAAAAAGGAUUUUUCUUUGUUAUUAUUGUCGUUAAACAUAUAGCAUUGAAGAAAUUAUUCGCGUUUUUAGAAGAAGUGAAACUUUUUAAACGCAAAUAAGAACUAUUUGCUAGCACGUUGAUUGCGAAACGUCAUAAAACAAUUCACACGAAUUGAACGAGUUCGUGGUGCAAGAAGCAUAACUUUUUCAUUCAUAGAGGUUAUCUCUUAAAUGCUGUAUGUCAAAUAAAUGCUAACGCAAUGGAUAAUGUAUCGAAGGAUUCAUCGACUUCACAUUAUAUCUCGUGGUGAUUUGAUUUAAUUUUAUUUUAAAGGGACAUUUUAUUCAUCGAAAGCGUCAGAUAUAUGCUAACAAACCAAAAAUGGAUCAAGAAACGGUUUAUGGUACACACGAAGACAGUCAUGUUGUCAUGUCAGAAAAAGUACAGUCUCUGGCAGGCAGUAUUUACCAAGAAUUUGAAAGAAUGAUUGCGAGAUAUGACGAAGAUGUUGUAAAAGACCUAAUGCCUUUGCUAGUCAAUGUUUUAGAAUGUUUAGAUGUAUCUUAUACAGAAAAUCAAGAGCGUGAAGUUGAAUUAGAAUUAUUAAGAGAAGAUAAUGAACAGCUAGUUACGCAAUAUGAGAGAGAAAAACAACUGAGGAAAACAUCUGACCAGAAAUUACUCGAGCUGGAAGAUGUUGCAGAAGACGAAAGAAAAGAAUUAUUAUGCAAAAUCGACAGUUUAGAAUCAAUUGUAAGGAUGCUGGAGCUGAAAACCAAGAAUUCGCAAGACCACGUGGUACGUCUUGAAGAAAAGGAAGCAGAACUAAAACGUGAAUACGCGCGCCUACAUGACAGAUAUACAGAAUUAUUUAAGACACAUGUGGAUUACAUGGAAAGAACAAAAAUGUUGGUUGGUAGUACAGAGAGAUUAGAAAAUGCUACCAGUGGUCGGGGUCCGUCGAGAUUACCUUCUCUUGGUUUAGCGCAUAUGUCAAGAAGCUCUGGUCCUUUAAGUUAUGGAUUUCAAAGUUUAGAAGCGAGCAUAAAUGCAGAAGAACCUCAAGAUGAAAGUCCACCAAAUGCUGCUAAUUUAAGACUUGAAAUGUUGGAUAGUAGUAGCGAAGCUGCAAUAGAAACUUCUGAUAAAAGUCAAUUAACCGAUCAGCCUGUACAAGAAAAUAAGACUACUGCAAUUUCCAGACGCGAAAGUCCUGAGACUGAAUUACCUCCGCCAUUAAUAACACCAACUACACCGAGUGGACUAGAGAAAUUAGCUACAACACCAAGUGGUGGUAGAAGUAAAACUGAAAGAGAACAGAGAAGUGGCAAUACGUUGUAUCAGGAACUUAGUUUCCAAGAUGCAGAUGCAUUAGGUGAAAUGGAUGAAGGUGCAGAUAUUACAGGUAGUUGGGUUCAUCCUGGUGAAUAUGCAUCAUCGGUCAAUGACAACUUUUAUGGUAUGGGAAAAGAAGUGGAAAACCUUAUUAUGGAAAACAACGAGCUAUUAGCUACUAAAAAUGCUCUUAAUGUAGUUAAGGAUGACUUAAUAGUUAAAGUGGAUGAACUGACUAGCGAACAAGAAAUAUUACGCGAGGAAGUUCGUAGUUUACAGCAAACUAAGGAUCGUUUGCGUCAUCGUAUUGCUGCUCUUGAAGAAGAAUUAAAGAAAGUAAAAGAAGAUGCUGAGGCUGUUGCGAAAGCUGCAAAGAGCGAUGACGAAGAGGACGUGCCUUUAGCUCAAAGAAAAAGGUUUACAAGAGUGGAAAUGGCUAGAGUUCUCAUGGAAAGAAAUCAAUAUAAGGAAAGAUUUAUGGAACUUCAAGAAGCUGUAAGGUGGACUGAAAUUAUUAGAGCAAAUAAAAUUGAUCCUUCCAAUACAUCAGGAGGAAAGGGUUCACAAUUUUGGAAGUUUUUUAGUAGUCUCUUCACGACAACUGAUCGUGGGAAUUUAGUACGCGGAGCACAUACAUUACCUCAUUUUCGCUACAGUGCACCAACAAAUCAAGUUGUUCCAGCCGUGAGCACCAUGCAUAAACAUACGAAAAAUCGCCAUGACUUUCUCGACCAAGGAGACACCAUAGAUUCCUGGUUUUUCUGGCUUUCAUUGGGGUGCUUAUUGGUCAGCAGAUCAUCCGAAAAGCUUGUUGCCCGGCGAGCAAAUGAACGAAGAGAACAAUAUCGUCAAGUCAGAGCACACGUUAGAAAAGAAGAUGGUCGAUUACAAGCUUAUGGAUGGAGUUUACCUGGAAAGCCAAUAGCACCAGUAAGACAACCUGUACCGGUACCAGUAUAUUGUAGGCCUCUUCAAGAAACAGAACCAGGAAUGAAAAUUUGGUGUGGAGCUGGUGUCAAUUUAACUGGAGGUAAAACACCAGAUGGCGGCUGUAUGAUUGGGGGAAGUGUAUUUUAUGCAGCCGAAGCUUCAGAAACAAAUACAAUUAAAACAGAAGCUGAAGAUGCAGUUGAACAUUUAGACAAUGAACUUCAAGAGAAUGAAAAACGUAUAUUAGAAGCAGAACAAUUGGAACAAAAACUCAGUUCCUUAGUCUGGAUUUGCACAUCAACCCAAAAAAUGUCCAAAGUUACAGUUAUAGAUGCUAAUAAUCCAGCAGAUAUCUUAGAGGUUUUCAGUGUUUGUCAAGGACAUUUACUUUCUAUUGCUAGUGUACCAGGUGCCAUGGAAAGUGAUUAUCCUAAAAAUUCGAAGGAAAAUUUAACAUAUAAACUUAAUAAUAAAAAUGGCAAUAUUAGCAUGGAUAAUAAUCACGAUGAAGCGGUUAUAGUUGAACAUAUUGAUGAAAAUGAGCAGAAAAAACAGCAAGAAGCGUCUACCUCAGCUGAAAACAAUAAACCGGAGAUUGGCAGUUCUGUAGACGAACAAAAUGGUGAAACUUUGGAAAAAAAUAAAGAUACUGAUCAGAGUUCAAGCGCUGGACCUCAAAGCUUGGAAAGUGUAGAUAGUGAAACAGCAAAUUUAGGAAAGGUUUAUUUUAUUAAAUGCAAUUCAGAAAUAGUUAACGAUGAAUUAAAUUGCAAGGAGGGUAAAAAUGAAGAAGAAGAAAAAGAAGAAGAAGAAGAAGAUAGGGAAAUAGAGGAAAGUACACCUAUCGAAAAAAUGUCAUCUAUACAAUCAACUAUGUGGCUAGGAGCUCAAAAUGGUGCUGUUUUUGUACAUUCGGCUGUUGCCAAAUGGUCUGUUUGCUUGCAUUCUGUAAAAUUGAAGGAUGCGGCUGUAGCUAUCGUACACGUUCAAGGUCGUGUCCUGGUUGCUUUGGCUGAUGGAACCGUGGCUUUGUUUCGAAGGAGUGCAGAUGGUCAAUGGAACUUUUCUCAGUACCAUGUUAUUACUUUAGGAAGUCCACAGCAUUCGAUUAGAUGUAUGUCUGCUGUUAGUGGAAAGACUGUAUGGUGUGGAUAUAGAAAUAAAAUCCAUGUGAUAGACCCUAUUAGAAUGACUGUUGAAUGCACCGUCGAUGCUCAUCCUAGAAGAGAGUCACAAGUAAGACAAUUGGCAUGGCUAGGUGAGGGCGUUUGGGUUAGCAUUCGAUUGGAUUCGACAUUAAGACUCUAUCAUGCGCAUACUUAUCAACAUCUACAAGAUGUUGAUAUAGAACCUUAUGUCAGUAAAAUGCUGGGCACAGGAAAACUCGGAUUUUCUUUUGUACGAAUCACAGCUUUAUUAAUUUCCUCAAAUAGGUUGUGGAUAGGUACUGGAAAUGGAGUGAUAAUCUCAGUACCACUGUCCGAGAGCGCAGGAGGUUCAAUGGCAGUAUCCAGAAUUCAAACGGGAGCUAAUAAAGGUGAUGCACCAGGAAUUGGUGUUAGAGUUUUUGCAUCGGAACGAGGAGUUUCAGUUGGAAGUUUUAUACCAUAUUGUAGUAUGGCCCAUGCUCAAUUAAGUUUUCAUGGACACAGGGAUGCUGUAAAAAUGUUUGUCGCUGUACCUGGUCACGGUGGUCAAAGUGCUGCAACCGAUGGUUCACAGCCUGCAAUGCUUGUCUUAUCUGGAGGCGAAGGUUACAUUGAUUUUAGAGUCGGUGAUGGAGAAGAAACAGAAGAGAGUAUUGAACGGUCUAAUGCUAUAAUAGCAGCCAAUACUGACGAACAUGGUGAACAAAGUCACCUUAUUGUUUGGCAAGUACAGUGUCCAGUGCCAAUGGCCAGUUAGCCUACGAAAUGGAAAGACAACUUCAUCAUGGUGCACGACUAGCUAUAUAUAUAUAUAUAUAUCUUUCAACAAUAGUUGGUCAAUAAACGCCCACAUGUUGUUGAAAAUAAUUGAUAAAUGAUACUUGUCGAUUCAAGUAAACAAUAUGCGGUUAUAGUAUAACUACAAACACAAAAUGGUUUCAUACAGCAGUAUAAGGAAAAGCGUUUUAAACAAUAAUAAGUAAAAUUUCGCGAUAAACAUUUAAGAUCUCUGCAGCAUGUAUUGCAUUUACUCUGCUUCUAUGUUGAGUAAUCUAGGAAAAAAA